AUGAGAUAUCCAAGGUAUAACUCUCUCUUCUCCUUACUGCGGGCGGCGCGACCGUGCUCCCGUUUGUAUCACUACGGCCUAAGCCCAGUAAGAAACGCCACGACCAGGUUCCAGCGGUAUGUAAUCCGAGGCAAUCAGCUGCGGGGUGGGCCGGCCACCAGGGUAAGGCACUCCAGUAGCACUACCACGCUCAGGCAUCAAGAGGAAGACUCGGAGAACUUCUGGCGUGUUUCGGCCGACGACUCCAAGUUCUGGGAUGACUAUGUCUCAACACGGCCACAUUACAGCGCCGCGUUCUACAACGAGAUUUACAAUCACCAUGCCGCUCACUCAUCUCGGUGGGGAAUCGCGCACGAUGUCGGUUGCGGUGCUGGUCAGGUCUCGGCCGAGCUAGCCUCGCGCUUCGCUCAUGUUGUUGCCUCAGAUAUGAACGACACUCACCUAUCCGUUGCGCGGCGCCGACUUGCUGUUGACUUCGGCCAGCGCAUCUCAUUCACUCACUGCAUGGGGGAACACUUGAUCGAGCACCACCCACCCGGCUCUACUGACCUUAUCGCCGCCGCCGAGGCUAUGGUGCUAAUGGACGAGCGCGUGGCGCUUGAGAACUUCCGACGUUUGCUCCGACCCGGCGGCACCCUAGCUUUUUGGUUCUACGGGCGUCCAACAUUUGUAGACCCUAAGCUACGCGCCGAGGCGCAGCCGCUGAUAGACGAUAUCAUGGUGCGCAACUGGUCCAAAGUGAUCCGUGGCAGUGGCGCGCGGCGCAAGGCGGGCUUCCAGCGGGCAGCCGAGGGCAUGGAGUCAUGGCUUGACUGCAUCGCUCUAGACCCAGAGGUAUGGACGGACGUACGAAGGAUCAAGUGGAAUCCUAGUGCCACGUUGUGUUUCUUUGGGGAAGAGGCGUGCGGGUUUCCGAUCAGCACGACUAGCAGCGUCCAGCCUAGCGAGCGUGUAGAAGAGCGUGAGGAUCCGGAGUGGUGGCGCAAUGACUGGGAUAUUGCCGAGCUAAAGAAUUAUUUCCGCGUGCUCUUCCCGGGCUUCAAGGAAGUUAUUGGGGAUAGAGAUGCGGAAAUCGACCAGUUGUUCCAGCAACUCAACGAUCAAUUCGGAGGUGAGGGUGAAACGCAGCAGUUCACCUGGCCGGCCGUGUUAGUGACAGCUACUCGAAGAUAA